CAUAAACAUAAAAAAUGGCUUUGUCUACUCAAUGGAAACAGGAUGAAGAUGAAGCUAUAGACAUAACAAAGGAUAUAGAAGAAGGUGAACCUGAUUGGAAAGCAGUUGGUAGUCCAUCUCGACGAGAGAGUUUUUCCAUCCGUGGUAACAACAAUAAUUCGCCACCGCAACUACCAGCAUCGCAAGAAUAUAGGCGUAGUUCAGUAUCUUCAGAUAAACCUUGGGGUUCAUUUGGUGGUAUUCAGUGGGAAGGGCCUUCUAUGUUUGAUGAGGAGACAGCAACACCAGAAUUAUAUGAUCCAACUUCUAUAUCAUCAGUACCAAUGUUACCUAAUAUAUCUCUUGAGCCCACUUAUAAACCACAACGCAGUUUUUCUUUUUCAACGGGACAAGAACCCAACUUCUUCGGUUAUGAUGAUUAUAAUACGAGAAGCGCUUUAGCACCGACUAUGGAAGAAGAUGAAGAGUUAGAUUCUUUUGACGAUGCUUACCUUCGAGCUCGAUCACAAUCGUCUAAUGCAACCUUCGGUAUGAAUCCGUCUUUAUAUUGGAAUAAUAAUAACGGUCGUCGUUCAUCUCUUGGAUUUGUCUCGUUUUUACCCGAUAAAAAUCCACAACAGCGUCGUAUGUCUCAACCAGAAUUCUCUUUUCCAGAUAUUAUUCCCAAAGGAAACAAUGGUUCAUACUUGAUGGCGAAUCAAUUUACAGAACGAUUAAAAAAUUUCCCUAUUACCAAAUCAGCAUCAACAUCAGCAUCUUCAUCAAUUACAGCCAAACAACAACAACAGCAACCAAUCAUUCCUCCGGAUACAUCUGUGAGUACACCUUCUCAAGAUGGUGUAUCUGUAGGAAAAGGAAUGUUACUCCUAAGAUUACCACCUCAUAUUCCACUCUUCAUGGUAGAAUUUAAAUCUGGUCGUACUGAUUAUUAUUAUGUAUCAGAUCCGUUAAUUAGAUUACGUAUUGGAGAUUUGGUAAUAGUUGAAGCCGAUCGUGGGAAAGACCUUGGUAAAGUCGCUACUGAUGUUCUUACGGUAGACCAAGUGGUUUUAUUACAAAAACAACCCCAUAGUAAACUGAUGGAUGAAAAUGAAAAGACAACUGAGACGCACGUUAAAAGAAUAUAUAGACAAGCCAGUCAUGAGGAAGUGAAUAUGUUGUUGGUGAAAGAUCAAGAUGAGCAAAGAGCUCUCUCUGUAUGUUUACAAAAGAUCAAAAACAGAAAAUUACCAAUGGAAGUUGUAGAUGCUGAAUUUCAAUGGGAUAGACGCAAAUUGACAUUCUACUUCAUUGCCGAAAAAAGAAUUGAUUUUAGAGAGUUGGUUCGAGAGUUAUUCAAAAUAUACAAAACUCGUAUUUGGAUGUGUGCCGUGAAUCCUAAUUUGCCUGCAAGGUCUUCCUAACUGCAUAACAUACACUUAUAAAUUACAAUAGUUUGUUACUUUUUGCAUUUAAGAAAGAAGAAACAUUACAAUUAUGCAUUAAAGAAAGGGGGUAUAUGAUUAUUAAAUAAAUAAUUUAUCUUUCCAAGUUCCAUAUCCUUGC